GUCGUGCGCGGCUAUUGAACACCAUAUUCCCCGAGUUUUCAAAGUGACCGUCGUACGACCGGUCGCUGUCGCUCUCUUCCACCGUCAGGUAUGGCCACAAGAGUAUCCACCACCACCCAGUCUGACGGGCUGCGGCAACGGGCUGUCAAUGGAAACUCGAAUGGAAUUGCUAAUAAGAUUGUGGCCCCAACAGAUGAGGGCAAAAAGUCUGAUCAACGUCUUGACCAACAUGUCGAAUAUGAGUUUGGCGGACCUUGGGGUGUCGUUGCCAUCAUGACUGGCUUCCCGAUUCUCAUGUAUUACCUCUGGAUUUGCUUGGUAUUCUAUGACGGUCAUCUAGUGUUUCCAAAGUCCACGGACGAUAUCGGUCCCUUUUUGACGCGUAUGUGGGAGCAUGUUAGCGUGGAUGCAAGCCCCAACCUAUACGCUUGGAAAGUCUAUACAGGUCUGAUUGUCUAUCAGCUCUUCCUUGCAUGGAUCGUUCCUGGCUUCAUGCAAGAAGGGCUUCCUGUACCUUCACUGGGUUAUAAGACCUUGAUGUACAAGUGCAACGCCGUCGGUUGCAUCUACAUCACCUGGAUUACUGCUGCAGUCUUGCACUAUACUGGCAUAUUCCGACUUACCGAGAUUAUUGACAAUUUCGGUCACCUCAUGACUGUCGCGAUGAUCUACGGCUUUGGUGUCUCCUUUGGCAUGUACUUCCUUUCUAUCGCCACCGGAAACCAGAUACGAAUGUCAGGCAAUUUCAUUUACGAUGUCUUCAUGGGUGCCUGUCUCAACCCUCGUCUGGGCCCCAUUGAUCUCAAAAUGUGGUUGGAAGUUCGCAUUCCUUGGGUGAUCGUCUUCUUCAUGGCCAUCUCCGGUGCUUGCAAACAGUAUGAAUUGUAUGGCUACGUCACUCCCAAUAUGGCUUUCAUGUGCUUGGCUACCUGGCUUUACCUCAACGCAUGUGGAAAGGGUGAAGAAUGCAUCCCUCAGACUUGGGACAUGUUCCAUGAGAAGUGGGGUUUCCUGGUAAUCUUCUGGAACUUUGCCGGAGUACCUUUCUCCUAUAUCUACUCUGUGGUCUACAUGGCGUCUCACGAUCCCUCCAAGUACCGCUUCUCCACCACAACCUACGUUGCGCUAUAUGCCACCCUCCUUACUUCAUACUACAUCAGUUGGGAUACGGCCAUGUCGCAGAAGAGUCGCUUCAAGAUGCAGACCCAGGGUAUCUUCACAUACCGCAAGACAUUCCCUCAGUUGCCCGGUGGUACGGUUGAGAACCCUCGUUAUAUCCAGACUGCUCAUGGUAACCGCCUUUUGGUCGAUGGGUGGUGGAGGUACUCUCGCAAGCCUAACUACGUCGCGGAUUGGAUCAUGAGUUUGACCUGGGGUCUUUGCAUUGGCGCUGCGACGCCGAUUCCCUACUUCUAUUCCGUCUUCUUCAUUGUUGUCCUCAUUCAUCGUUGUGGACGUGACUUCGAAAGAUGUGCCCUCAAAUACGGGAAGGACUGGGAUCGCUACUGCGAAAUCGUCAAGUACAAGUUCAUUCCAUACGUCUACUAGAGUACGAGCCGGAUAUACCCCAGACCAAACUGGCGAUAUCCUUCAAGACCCCCAUUCUCUUACGAACUUGCUUUUAGAUACCCCGAUCUGCUUAAUACUGCUUUCCGAUAUGGCAUUACAUACUGGGAUUAUCAUAGAUAUCUAAUGCAAUGCUACAGUAAUGAUACAUGAAUCGAUCCAUCCGGAGGACAGCGUCAUUCCUUCCAAAAAUUAAAAUAAAUACCAAAGUCAUGAGAG